AUGCCCUCCUCAUCGUCGUCCUCAUCAUCGGCUUCACUCCGUAAAAUUCACUCACUCAUUGAGAAUAAAAAGAGAAAACACAAUGAGGAGCCCGUAACAACACCUUUGAAAAAAAAGAAUGAAAUGGUCGUUGAUGAAGAUGAUGAUGAACAAGAGGAUCAUCGUAUGAUGAUGAGUUCUCCUCUUCAAAAAUCCUCAUCCUCUUUGGAAGCAUCUACAAAGAAGAGAAAGAUUCAAGAGCCUUCUCCAAAGAAACAACAAAAAAUCAAUACGACGAAUCAUUACAAUACUACAAGUAAACAACAACAACAACUCGGAAACAAAAUAGGAGUUUCAUCCUCGAGUACGAAUAAUAAUAAUUAUACCAACAAGCAAGGCAAGAAGAAUGAUGGUGCACUUUCGAGUCUUCAACAAGUAUUUCAAGACCAGCUCAAAUCAUCAAAAUUCAGAUUCCUUAAUGAAAAGCUCUAUACCACGACUGGUCAUCAAGCUAAAGCACUCUUUGAAAAAGAUCCAUCUCUAUUCACACUUUAUCAUGAAGGAUAUAAACAAUCUAUGGAAAAGUGGCCCUUCCAACCUGUCAAGAAUAUGAUUAAAUUUUUAAAUGGAAAACCAAUCUCGUGGGUAGUGGCAGAUAUGGGUUGUGGAGAAGCUGAAAUUGCAAAGAAUGCAAAACAAAAGACGAUACAUUCUUUCGAUUUGGUUGCAGCAAAUGAAAAAGUUACAGCUUGUGACAUGAGAAAGACGCCUCUAUCAGACGAGACUGUGGAUUGUGUCAUUUUCUCAUUGUCACUCAUGGGUACAAAUUUUUUCGAUUAUUUAAGGGAAGCUUCAAGAAUUUGUAAAGUAGGUGGAUGUUUGAGGGUAGCUGAAUUGGAAUCACGAUUUAUUUCCGAAUCAAACAGUAAUACUGACUCUGGAAAGCUCAAUGACUCGUCGGUGAUGGCUGAUGAAGGCGAAGAGCUUACAGCGACCAAAUCACCCCGAAAAAAAGUGAAUCCUUUUGCUAAAUUCGUGUCCGUGGUAGAACAUUUUGGUUUUAAAUUGGACAAGCAAUCACAACCAAAUGGAUAUUUUGUCGUCUUUGAGUUUAACAAAGUGAAACCUUGGUCUGAAAUCUCCAAAAUUAAGGAUCCAAUUGCCAAGAAUUCAGAAGUGCUAAAGCCUUGUCUUUACAAGAAAAGAUAA